GUUUGUUGUUGGCGGCUGUACUGCGUUUGAGCUCCGUCACUAUAUUCUUUUCAUUGACUAUUUUUAACUCAAAAAUCAAUUUUAUACAUCAUCGUUUCCGUUUAUAUAACGUGUGAAUAUAUCCUCUAUUGUAUUCUACAACAAAAACAAUCAGAGCGCCUCGCUAACACUAGUUUUAUUUUGAUCUCCCGGGUCCGCUAUUAGCUUUUAGCCCGUUAGCAUCAGCGGCGUGGUUGCAGCUAACUGCGCUAACAUUGCUCAUACUCUAUUCACACACAUUACCACUGCUGUACUCACUGUUACUUGCUUUAAUGGCGGAUGAAUGUCUCCACUCUGUGCAGCUCGAGCUUGAGGCCGUGGGAAAGCAGAUUCGCGACCUGGAGGUGAGGCAGGCCCAGCUGAGAGAGCGGAGAGCCGCGCUGGAAUCAUCCCGGGCUGACGCUCACAAGUCCGGGGUAAGUAUACAGCGAUCUGCUAACAGUCCCACCACGUCUACUCCGUGUGUUUCUCUGCACAGGCCCGGUGCACCCAGGACGCGAUCUUCCCAGAUGUCCUUCACUGCGACGCCGGGACACCACGGACCCUGGGUGCAUCCACAGCGGAGGACGCGAGCCGGGUCCCGGGCGACGACUUCUCCCCCUCCUGCCUUCGACAUCUCCAUCCGGAACCGCUUCGCUCCCCUCCGUGAGACAGGACGCGACGCUGUGAUCAUCGGAGACUCCAUCGUCCGACACAUACCCGCGAUCCUGAAGGUCGACGAGAGCCCCAGAGCGGUCGUGCUUCACGCCGGGGUUAACGACACCACGCUGCGGCAGACGGAGACGCUGAAGAGGGACUUCAGCAGCCUGAUCGAGACGGUUCGCAGCAUGACGCCCGCGGCGACGAUCGUCGUGUCUGGACCACUGCCCACGUAUCGACGAGGACACGAAAGGUUCAGUAGACUUUUUGCUUUAAAUGAAUGGUUGUUGUCAUGGUGUAAAGAACAGAAACUGCUAUUUGUUAAUAACUGGAAUCUUUUCUGGGAGCAUCCUAGGCUGUUUCGCGCUGAUGGAUUACACCCCAGCAGAAUCGGAGCGGAGCUGCUCUCUGACAACAUCUCCAGGACACUUCGCUCCAUGUGACUAG